UUCAACAUUUCCGGGGCAACGUUGCAUUGUCUACUCAAACUGCCGAGAAGUCUCAAACCCCCGUACCACGGGCUGGGCAAUAAACUGGACGAAGUCCGAGCCGAGCUGUCCAUCGCCGAAAUACUCAUCAUCGAUGAGAUUUCCAUGGUGUCGAAAGACCUCUUCGCCUACGUGAAUGCCAGGUUGAAACAAAUCAAAGGAAUUAAUUUACCUUUCGGUGGCAUGUCUGUUCUUGCUGUUGGAGAUUUCUUUCAGCUCCCUCCCGUGAGACAGUCCAAACCUCUGUGCGUGUACGAUCCUACGCGGCUGGACCACUGGCGUGACGACUUCAAAAAGAUCACGCUCACCGCCAUCAUGAGGCAGAAAGACGAUGUCGCCUUUGCCGAACUGCUGAACCGACUCCGCGUCAAAGAAAAGUCAGAUGAACUGUCGGAAAUGGACAGAGCUCUCCUUGCCACGAGGUGGAUGGCCAUAACUCUGCGAUGCUGGAACUGCUUCAUAAGGACAUUGUGCAGAUUGACGCGGAUGACUACAAGAAAGACAAAGGAACUGGCAGAAUGGCAAGACUGGAGGAGAAGCUGAACAAGGCUGGAGUGACGCGCCGACAGUUUCCCAUCAAGCUUGCUUUUGCCUGCACGAUCCACAAGGUACAAGGCAUGACAACGUCACAGGCUGCAGUUUCGCUGAAAGGUGUUUUCGAACACGGCAUGGGGUACGUAGCUCUGAGUAGAGUGACUUCGCUCAGUGGUCUGCAUAUUCUGCAUAUGGAUGAGAGAAGGCUUCAUGCAAAUCCACAAAUCACUGCUGCUCUUGCUGAGAUGGCAGAGGAUUCUUUGGAGAGCGUCAUGCCCCUCCUUCACGUGAUGCCGUCGGUAGAUCGGGCAAAUCACCUGGUUGUCGUC